AUAUAACACAUCUCUGCCGCAGUUUCUUUCUUUGGAAUAAUGUCGGCUGAAUAUGACAAUAGAGAGAAUGGCCCGGAAGGCAUGGAGCCCGAUGGGGUCAUCGAGAGCAACUGGACCGAGAUCACGGACAGUUUCGAUGAGAUGGCUCUGCGUGAGGCUCUCCUCAGAGGAAUCUAUGCCUAUGGUUUUGAGAAGCCCUCUGCUAUCCAGCAGAGAGCCAUUAUGCCUUGUAUCAAGGGUUACGAUGUGAUCGCUCAGGCCCAAUCUGGCACUGGGAAGACUGCCACCUUUGCCAUCUCCAUCCUCCAGCAGAUUGAUGUGGAGCUGAAAGGCACUCAGGCUCUGGUCCUGGCUCCCACCAGGGAGCUGGCUCAGCAGAUCCAGAAGGUGGUUCUGGCCUUGGGCGACUACAUGGGAGCCAGUUGCUACGCUUGUAUCGGAGGGACCAACAUUCGCAAUGAAGUGCAGAAACUGCAAGCUGAAGCCCCUCACAUUGUGGUGGGAACCCCCGGCCGCGUCUUCGACAUGUUGAGUCGCAAAAACCUCUCUGCCAAGUACAUCAAAAUGUUUGUUCUGGAUGAGGCCGACGAGAUGCUUAGUAGAGGGUUCAAGGACCAGAUCUAUGAGAUUUUCCAGAAACUGGCAAGCAGCACACAGCUUGUAAUUAAUGUUCACUAUGUUUCUCCUCAGGCCAGAGGUAUUGAUGUUCAGCAGGUGUCCCUAGUCAUCAACUACGACCUGCCGACCAACAGGGAGAACUACAUCCACAGGAUUGGUCGCGGUGGUCGUUUUGGCAGAAAGGGUGUAGCCAUCAACAUGGUGACUGAGGACGACAAGCGAACCCUGAGGGACAUUGAGACAUUCUACAACACCACCGUCGAGGAGAUGCCCAUGAAUGUGGCCGACCUUAUCUAGACUACUCCACGCGCCCUUUGCCACCCCCUCUCCACUUAUUUUAGCAGUCAAACCUUGUUUCUUAUACGAUCUGAAUUCUGAGAACUUCCUUUUGCUAAAUUCCACAAUGACUUUACCCUCUACAUUCUAAGGAAAGGAAGAAUGUGGCCAUUAUUCCUUCCUAACCUUUGAAAAAGUGAUCGGUCGUUUUGGAAGGAUGAAUUACUGACCUGCCUCAUCUGCUUGCCAUAGUCCAUUACCUAAUAUUGGCACCUCAAUUCUUUUCUGCAGCUAGUUCCGCGUAUAAACCUUAAAGCAUUGAAUAAAAUAUAUUUUUGCAAACUGAGGACUAAUCCAAAUCAGUUUGUAACCGGGUCCCAGACAUGCAAAAACAUAACCGCGUUUCCAAAAGCACAUUAAAACUCCUAACCAAGUUGCUGAUCAAAAGUAUUUUGGCUCUUGCUGUUAGAAAAAUCUUAACAUUAAUAACAACCCGGCUCAAUUGAUAACAUUCUGACAGUCAUCGACACUUUUGGUAAAUAUGGCUGUGAUUUGCACCUCGCACCGUCACCAGGUCUGCACUGCCUGGUGACGUUAGGUUAGGCUGCAGUUCAGUUUGGACUUAACACAAAAAUGAUCUUAAUGGAAUGGGAAGUGCUGCAUUUGACCAGAUCAGUAUUUAAACAACCUUCGGUGUACUGAAAAGCGCCUUUUACUCGUAUCCAUGAUCAUGUUAAGAAAAGGUUUUGGGGCUAGAGUACACGGGGCAUAUUCAAUAAAAAGACCUAUAUAGUAAAAUCCAACAUGAUUGAGUGGUUUACCGUUUCGAUCCUUUACUGCUGUUUCACAUAUAUAUUUUAAUUGCUAUUGUACAAACUGCUUGACUUGUAGUCAUUUGGGCAAGUAGCAUUCAGUUGAAGACUGGUGGCAUCAGACGUUUGGAGGCAAAAACAACGGUGAGUGCUGUGGGGACUUUGCCUCUCGACCCUGACAAGCGCGUUCGAUAUUCAUCUUUGAGUUAUUGUUCAUUUAGAUUUUAUUUUUUGACACUUGAUUUUUUUUUGACGUUAUUCUGAUAUGGUGGCGGAGUGUUUUUGUAACCUCCCUCGCCAAAAUGUUUGGGGAGGGGUGCAGUCUGAGCUGAUAUGAAAGGACCAAACUACAGAUGAAGUAUAUAGAGACCCCCCCCCCCCNNCCCCCCUAAGCGCUCAUUAAAAUGCCUGUCAUCAUGGGGUUUGGUGUGUAGGAGAACCGUCAUGUUUUGAGGUGUGUAGUCAGUGCUAUUUUUUAAAAUGAAUUUACGGAAUUGUUAACCUUUUGAGACCGAACCGGUAUCAAGUUUUCUACAUUGGAUUCUGUAUAGUAUUUAUUUUAAUGGUCUUUAAAAAAAUAAAGGUUUCUCCUCUAUCAGUGUAAACUGGCCUCUGCAUUGUUGAAUAGCAUGAAAGCUGAUAUGGCCAAACCCUUUGUGGAAAGGCUAGUAUUUAAUGAAUAUACACUAAGAUGACAGCCGAAUCACUGGUUUUUAGAGCCCCGCCCACCUGUGCUGCGAAGCUGUCGCUGAUUGGCUGCUGAGAGGUCUGGAGGUUUGGUCCCAACUUCCUGCGCUAAAACUGAGGUUUUAGUUUGAUAUGCUUUUUUCCUGCACAGUUAAUAUGCCAAAUGUUGGCCUCAGGCACCGCGGAAAUAUUAUUUAUAUCGUGAACUUUAUUGCUCUACCAUUAUAAGCUGCAUCGAACCAGUGUUUGCAGUAGUUUUCAUCCUGGUAUUUAAAACAUUUUAGCAUGUCAAUACUGGUUGUCUUUCCGCAAUAAACAUUUAAUUGUA